UGCACGGUGCCUUCACUGGGUGAGCUUUGUUGUUGGGAGAUGCUCCGAUGCCCCUUCUUCUCCUGUUGCCUCCACCACCGCAACAAUGGCGAACCCUAGAAGAGGCUCCCUCCAACUCCAAAACCCUAACCCUAACCCCACCGUCCCCUUCCCAGACCCCUCCAUCCCUCCGCAUUCUCCUCCUCCUCCCUUCUCCUCUCGCGCUCUCUCCUCCUCCCUCUCCUCCCUCGCCCUCUUCCUGAAGAAGCCCACCGCGUUCCCCUUCCUCCUCUCCGUAUUCAUCCUCCUCACCUGGCUAUCCCUCCGCUUCCACGGCGGCGGAGGCGGUGGCGGAGGCGCCGGGGCCGCCACCCGUGGAUCGGCGGCCCGGGCGGUGGGCGGGGGCGACUUGGACGUGGACGCGAACCUGGUCAGGUUCAGCGCCCUAGGGUUUCCUUCCCUGAUCGCGAAGGAUCAUCGGGGGUGGCUGCUCGAUCCCGUCGCCGCGGCCAAGGGGGCUGGGCUUCGCGGAGGAGCACUCGAUUGUUCCUUACCUCAUGUGGGCCAGAUCCGACCGGGCGGCUUGAGGGGCAACCACCGGCACCACAGCUGCAAUGAGACAUUAAUCAUCUGGGGUGCCGAGACUAAGUUUAGGCUAGAAAAUGCUGACAUGAAAAAUAAGGGGUUUGCCGAAGUGACGAUUGGGGCAGACGAGGUUGCGAUCGCUACGAGUCCGAGCGGGACAGCGCAUGCUUUGAUCAACGUAGAUCUAGCACGAUCCACCUUUUUCUUGGGUUGCCAGGAUACUUCGAUAAGUCCCAACAGCUCGAACACUGACUACAACGUCUGGAAAGAUCUCUGAGAUAAGUUCAUCUUCGCUCAUUCGCGGAAAAAUCAUCUCUCCGUGUUUCAUGCACUUCAUUCGACGGAUCGCUUGAAUCGCCAUUAACUCUGCAAUUUAUUAGUUCUUUAGGAAGGAUAUGGUUGUUUCACGUACAUGUACAGUUUUGAGAGUUGUUAGGAGUAUAAUUUGAUGGCUUGUUUUCUUUAUGACUUAUGUUGCGAAAGAGAGGAAAAAGAAAGAAACAAGGUUUGUUUUGUAUAGUUUCAGCGAAAGAUAAACAAGGGCACAUAGUUGCAGAAACAAAAAUGAGGUGGACUUUUUCAGCAAAACGAAGUUAUGGAACGUGUUAAUGUUAAGAGACUUUUUCCGCAAAAUUAUGCGUAUGCGAAACUCGAGUUUAGUUAAACUCAAAGAUGGUUAAACAAGUUUCACUUGUAUGCUUCAUUAGUAUCAAACUAUGCAUUAUAGAAAAAACUGUUUCUUCA